AUGGCUACUGCGGAAAAAGAUUCCAAGUCCAAGCCCAGCAGCCUGCGGUCUAUCAUAGCGGGCUCUUCCGCGGGAGCGGUUGAGAUUGCGAUAACUUAUCCAGCGGAGUUCGCGAAGACACGAUCGCAGCUCAAUCGCAGGCUCCCCGAUGCCAAAAAGCUCCCAUGGCCACCGUUUGGAAAACAAUGGUAUGCCGGAUGCACGACUUUGAUCAUAGGGAAUUCUCUUAAGGCUGGCAUCCGCUUCGUUGCCUUCGACACCUUCAAAUCUCUACUUCAGGAUGAAAAUGGCAAUAUUUCCGGACCAAGGACCGUGAUUGCCGGCUUCGGGGCUGGAGUCACAGAGUCUUUAUUAGCAGUGACUCCAUUCGAAAGCAUCAAGACACAGUUAAUUGACGAUAGAAAAUCCCCAAAUCCUCGUAUGCGUGGAUUCCUGCACGGCAGUAAGAUCAUCUUUCAGGAAAGAGGUCUUCGGGGCUUUUUUCAAGGCUUCGUUCCUACAACAGCGAGACAGGCGGCCAACUCGGCGACCAGAUUCUCAAGCUACACAAUGUUGAAGCAGUUGGCUCAGGGCUACGUCGCACCCGGCGAGAAGCUGGGAACUGCCAGUACAUUCGCUCUUGGUGGGAUAGCGGGCCUUAUUACAGUCUAUGUGACGCAGCCUCUUGACACUGUCAAAACCAGAAUGCAAUCGCUCGAGGCUAGUAAAAAUUACAAAAAUAGCUUCGUUUGCGCCGCGCGAAUUUUCAAAGACGAAGGCUUGCUUACGUUCUGGUCAGGGGCUGUACCACGUCUAGCAAGAUUGAUCAUGAGUGGAGGAAUCGUGUUCACAAUGUAUGAGAAGACAAUGGAGGCUCUCGACUCUAUCGAUCCUGAGAGAAAAUACAUAUGA